UUCGGAAGAAGAUUAGCAAAACCAUCAGGGGUCUCAGCAUCUCGGGCAUUCGCAGCAGAGGCGCACAGUAAACAACACGACAAGCCAGCUCGAACGUCCCUUUACGACCUGCACGUGCAAAAUGGCGGGAAGAUGGUUGACUUUGCCGGGUACUUACUCCCGGUGCAGUACGGAAACGUGAGCAUAACAGAGUCUCACCUCCACACCAGAUCCCAGUGCUCGAUUUUCGACGUCUCUCACAUGCUCCAAACCGAGAUCACCGGCCCCGAUGCCUUCGAUUUGCUGGAAAGUGUCUGCGUCACUGACGUUCAAGGCCUAGGACUCCACAAAAGCGCGCUGAGCGUGUUCACGAACUCCGAGGGCGGGAUCGAGGACGACUUCGUGGUGACGAAGAGCGGCGAGCAGAGCCUCUACGUCGUCUCCAACGCGGCGCGAAAGCGCGUCGUCGCCGAUCUCCUCCUCACGGCGGCCGACAAGUUCAAAUCCAGCGGCAAAACCGCGCAAGUGACGUUCCGGGACCCGGAGGAGCGGGCGCUGCUCGCCGUGCAGGGGCCCCGGGCGGCGCAGAUCCUUCAGCCGCUGGUCGAUAUGGACUUGAGCUCUUUCUACUUCAUGUCCAGCGCCGCGGUCGCCCUCAAGGACGCCCCAGACUCGCGGAUCACCCGGUGUGGCUACACGGGGGAGGACGGAUUCGAGGUGGCGAUCGAUGCUCGGAAGGCGCCUGAUUUCGUUCUGGGUUUGUUGCAGAAACACCCGGAUUUGGUCAAGCUGGCUGGUCUUGGAGCCAGGGAUUCGCUCAGGAUAGAGGCCGGCUUAUGUCUUUAUGGAAAUGAAAUCGAUUCAACCACGACACCGCCAGAGGCAGGUCUUACAUGGACCAUUGGAAAGAAACGACGCGAAAGAGCAGAUUUUCCCGGCGCGUCGAAGAUUCUGGAGCAAAUCAAGGAAGGCGGCGCAUAUAAACAAAGAGUUGGGCUCGUACAAGGGGGCAAAGGAUUGUGCCCACGAAAUGGAGCUGAAAUUCUCACAUUGGACAUAGCUCCGCAUUACUACCCGGUUGGCAAAGUGACCAGUGGAUGUCCGUCUCCAACCCUAAAGACAAACAUAGCCAUGGGAACUUUACCCAGGUCUCUUGCAAAGCCUGGCAAUGUGGUCUUCAUCGCGAAUAAAAACAAUCUGACGAAACUGACUGUAACAAAAAUGCCGUUUGUGCCUGCGAAGUAUUUUACUAAGCCCAAGAAGAAAUAAACGAUACGUUUGGUCUAGGUUUAUAUAUUUGAUCUGAAUAUGAGAUGAAACUUUAGCCAGUACACAAGCAGCAUUUAUCAACAGAAAAAUUGCGGUAUUUUGAAAUUAAGUUGCGAUUUUUUAGCGAUAAAAUCGCUAGGAUCAUCAACAUCUGAGCGAUUGUUUUCAAUUUCCCUGUAAUUUUCUCACUAAAAAAUCGCAAUCCAUAAAAUCGAAAUUUUAUCUCAUGUUAAUUGUACAGACACUUCCCUAAAUUGCUGCAACAACUACACCACAAUCACCACAUUUAAAGUCAUUACCUGAAUGUUAUAAAAAUUGUGCAAAUUUAUCAUCUUCUCAGCGGAAAAUCAAAAGGAUGUAAUUUUGUAGUUUUUGUAUUUGUUUUCCUCACUUUUCUCUCAUGAUAACGUACGAAAAAUGAACAUCAAUAAUUUGAUAAAUAAUAGCCUCAAGAAAUUUUUUCUGAGAAACCCAUCAUCAUGAAUUAAUUUGGAUCCAUACUAAAAAAAAAGAAAAAAAGAAAAAUUGAGAUUUAGUUGCUUAGUUUUUGAACAAAGAGGAUGUAAACACAGUACCUUGUUUACUACCACGAUGCAAUUAGUUUUGGCCGGCGCAUAAUGCUCUGUUUACCAUCUGGAUAUGUAAUCUACGGCAAUUUUGAAAAGAAUCGGAUCCUGAAAAACAUCAGUUGGUGGAGAAAUAACAAAAAUAGAAACAUUCAAAUAUUUGACUAGCAGUUUUAAUGCAACAAUGAAAGAAUCCAUGAUUUGAUUGUUGAUUAUCAAUGCGGUUGAUUUACGAUAAUUGGAAAUUUAAAAACAAGAUACAAACUGCUAUAUAAAAUACACGAAGAUUACUUCAAUCAUAAUUCUACUGCUUUAAGAAUUUGAUGGCAGAACAAUGUUUAACACUGUUAUGGCACCUUCAUACAGCUAACCUACAUUCAAUUGAUGUCUGUUCUGUACGAUAUUUCCUGAUGAGGCAACCUUCAACAUUUUGAUAACGAUUCUAUUAUCACCAAAAUCAAAGAUGUUCCGAACAAGUUUUGCUGUUGAUACUGACAGUUAUUGUUAUGGUAAGAACAAAACAAUCAUUAAUUGAAAGAAUGAGGUUGGAGCAUAUAGAUCUGACUUACAUAGUGAGCAACAUAAGUUUUAAGAACCUAAUUGUGACCAUUCACAAAAAACAGGACCUCAGCAUAAAAAAACCAGGAAUUAACAGAUACUGCCAUAGGAGGGUGUUUUUAGAAUAUAUUUUGUCACAAAAACUUAUAUGAAUAUCAAAACAUACUAGAAGUAUGACAGUUCAAAAUGUAUAGUUUUAUGGAUAUGGUUUUGAUAUUAAAAGAAAAAAAAAACUGAACUUUCUUGUUAUGAGCUCACAACUACGGACUUAAGUCCAACUUUAUUCCCUCCAUUUGUACGAAAA